GUGAUAGCUCGGCCUCUCAUUGGCGGACUUGCCGCUGAUACCCUGCCAUCGCUGACAGGAUUCGAUAUCGUCAGCACUGUCAGCCAAAUCACCAGAAUGAGGUACAUCAAGAAUGUAGAAUAAGAUGCUGCUAAGCCCGAUGGAGCGCCGUAGUGCAAGGCGCUGGUAGUGCUGACAUUGACCCUCAACUAUAUAUAAUCGCUUCCAUCUCACUUAGCUCCCCGUUACUUGGGCGCCUCAAAGAACUCAUUUUAUCACAUCAUGUCUACAAACUCGGAAAAGCCCGUCAUCGCCAUCGUCCAAGGCGCAUGGCAUCGCGCAAGCCACUACCAAAACCUCGUGCAGUCGCUUACCAACAAGGGCUUCACAGUUCUCCAACCUGACAACGUCACAGCUGGCAAGGCUGAAGACAUCAAUGGCAAAACUCACUUGGACGACGUCGAAGCUAUUCGCAAGUCUCUUCAGCCGGCCCUUGAUGAAGGCAAGCGGAUCGUCUUGGUCUGCCAUAGCUACGGAGGCAUCCCAGGCUCCGCCGCCGUUGAAGGCUAUCAGGUUCACGAACGAGAGGCCAAGGGAUUGUCUGGAGGUGUUUCGCACGUUGUCUAUAUCGCGGCGUUUGCUCUUCCUGUGAAGGGCCUUUCACUUCUGACUGCCGCCAGAGGCCAGCAUGGUCCCUUUCUCGAUAGGACAGAAGAGGUUUGCUACCUAAACGACAAAGCACAAAACGCCUUCUACAACGAUUGCAUCCCCGAGGUAGCAGAGAACGCAAUCGGCGAAUGUGUCAAUCACAGCACCGCAUCUCUCGAAACACCAGCCGACUUUGUCGCGACGGAUAUCACUGUGCCUAAGACGUAUGUUGUCUGUGAGAUUGAUAACACUGUUCCUGUGCAGGGACAGUUGGCUAUGGUUGGUGCUAUGGGAGAUGCUGUCAAUGUGGAGAAGAUAGAGGCUGGGCAUUGUCCAUUUUUGAAUGAGAAGACUCUGCCUAAGGUUGUGGAGAUUAUUGAGAAGGCUGCACAGUAAACAUGGAUUGAAGCGGAUCAGGAAGAAUGAGAGGGGCUCAGGGACAGGAUUUAAGACAGGGCCAUAGAAAGACACAUGUGUUAACUUUUGUUAUUUAUAUCUAGCCUACAGAGUAACAGAGGGGCUCAAUGGUC